AUGCAGUCCGGAAUCUCAGCUUCGGAGGAGCUCCAGGCGCAGUUCAACUCGCUCGUCUCGCGGCCCGACGACUUUGCCCUCCUCGUCACCAUCGAGCGCGAGGCCCUCGUGCCCGUCACCUCGAUUCCCUCCAAAUCUUCGUCGUUUGAUGAAAACCUCGCGACCCUAAAGGAGCACAUCAAGCCCAAUGUCGCCAGCUACUUCAUCCUGCGGCGCUUCGACGACGCUCCGCAGUUCCUAGCCGUCACCUAUGUCCCCGACGAGGCACCCGUCCGGCAAAAGAUGCUGUUUGCGUCGACGCGGCUGACGCUCGUGCGCGAGCUGGGCACCGAAAACUUCCGCGAGACCAUCUUCACGACCACGGCCGAGGAGCUGACCCCCAGCGGCUUCAAGAAGCACGACGCGCACACCAAGCUGGCGGCGCCUCUGACAGAAGAGGAGCGCACGCUGGGCGAGGUGAAGAGGGCGGAGCAGGAGGCGGGCGCCGGCACCGGCACGCGGGAAAUUCACCUGAGCAAGAGCCUGGCCAUGCCGGUCGCUGAGAAUGCCAUUGCGGCUUUGAAGGAGCUCGAGAGCAAGGCGCGGACUGUAGUCAUGCUGAAAAUCAACUCCGACACCGAAGUCGUCGAGCUCGUCCCCGAAUCACCUACGCCCAACUCCAUCUCCGACCUCGCGCAGGCCAUCUCCCCGAGCGAGCCGCGCUUCACGUUCUAUCGAUAUGCGCACACACACAACGGCACCGAGCAGGAGCCUUUGCUCUUCUUCUACACAUGUCCCGUGACGGCAGGGAACAAGGCCAUCAAGGCCCGCAUGCUGUACCCGCUCAUGAAGCGCGCGGUGCUGGAAAUCGCGGAUAAGGAAGCGGGGCUGAAGCUCGAGAAGCGGUUCGAGGUCGAGGAGCCCGCCGAGAUCACGGAGCAGUCGGUGCUCGACGACCUGCAUCCCAAGGUCGCGGCCCGACAGGGUUUUAGCCGGCCGAAGCGCCCUGGCAGGUGA